UAAGCACACUGCCUCCUCACCGUCUGCUUUGGAUUACACAGUCACCAUCACAGAGGGAAUAUAAUACAGGACAUCUAUAGAGGAGCGGACAGCCCCAACAACAGUAGAGCAACAUGGGGAGCAGCAUGUCAUGUGUUCCCCAACACAACUUCAGGUUCUCCAGCAAGAGUUUCAUACGCAGGAACAGCAGCCGCUUGUUCCGUAAUAAGUAUCCCCAGGAAGGACAGGAGAAGUCCAACAGCAUCAUCAAUAUUCUCUGCACUGUCACUCCCAGGAAGGAGAUGACCCAUAAGGAUCUGCAGAAGAUCGAGAACAUUAAGUGGGAACCACCGUUCCCUUACGACCCGGCCAGUGGUUGGAAGAAGAGUAGCAUCAAUGUCAAGAACUACGGCAGGAUGGUCCACAGCUCUAAAGUCCGCUUCCGCUUUCUCCACUGCCAGGAUGUGCAUGACUGCUACCUGGACCUCUUCCAGACACACCUUCAUUUUGUCUCCAACAACACCACUGGACUCACCUACCAGGGGACUCUUCCUCUGAAAGAGCUCACCAUCUGCAACCUGCAGCAGAACUGUAACCACAGCCAACUCCAGGAAUUUGCCUUCCAGAUCAACGGUGUCAGCCUGAACCCCAUCAUCGUCUACUGCUCCAACCAGGAGGAGAUGGACAUGUGGUUCGGCCUGCUCAAAGAACACAUCGAGAUCAACGGAGGCUCCCCCAUCGCACCUAUCGAGACCUACACCAGGGUUAAGCAGAACGUAAAGGAGAGCACGGAGUGGAGAGAGGACCUGAGGAACUCAAUCAGUAAAGACCCCAUCUAUGAGUGGGAGGGUUCUCAGCGUGAGAGUCUGGGGCCCAUCACGUUCGUGACCAAAGUCCGUCUGCAGCACCUCCCCUGCCAGGAGCAGAGUGACAGACUACUGGUGAUGUACCCAGCCACUCUGAUCAUCCUAUCAGAAGAGAGCCACGGCCUUUUCUACAAGGGGAAACUUCCACUUAACAUGGUCACUGUGACCACACCCUGCCAGGACGUCAAGCCCAACACCUUCAUGAUCGAAGGCAAGAUGAUAAACCCUAUCGUGGUGUCCUGUCCGGAUAAGAGGGAGUUCUGCGACUGGAUCCAGCACUUCAAAGCCUUCGAUGUCCCUGUGCUCAGCCCCCCGCCCCCCGUUUAUGACAUAAUCUACACCCCCACGCCGAGAGAGGCUCCAGAGUUUGAUAGGUGGAGUGGGAACAGCCAGAGCCGGAGUGAGUCUCUGAGGCUGGGGCAGUCUGCUGGGAGUGAGUCACGGGGAUCUGGGUCCGGGUCCCACCACCUCCAGUUCCCCCCUAGACAUGAGGACAACCCUCUGUCCCCAGGUUACACAGAACCACUAUGUUACAACUCCAUUCGGCCCUCCUCCACCGAGACGGCUCGGCUGGGCAGCGGCAGUAACAGCGUGUCGUCCCACGCCGCCAGGCCCGAGCGUGACCUCCGACCUUUGUCACAGCGCUGCUCCUACCUCCCCCCAGAGGGGCCGGUGGUGCUGUCCCCCGUGUACAACACCCCCUACUCAGGCCUGCACCGUGACCAUGCCAGCACCCCGCAAUGCCUGGAGAAAGCCCCCCUCGUCAAGUCAAACAGCUGGAGCACCCCUCAGACGUCCCCGAAGUACGCAUCGCUGUCCGCCCCCCAGCGCCACUCAGACAUGUGCGCCCCCUGGCAGCCCCUGUCGCCCCUGUACGACGAACCCUGCACCCCUGACACCUACGCCCAGGAGGAGGAGAGCCGGCCCAGGCAGCAGCCAACGCAGCAGUGUUGGAGAGGACCACCACAGAAGCAGCAGGACCCUCAUCUCCUACCCUCCUCCUUCCAGCUGCGCAUCCCUCCCCUGGGCAAGCGCUGCCGGAGGAGUCUGGUGCACUGCCAGGGUCUGGAGAUGGAGGGCCCUCAGGGGCCAACGGACCAGAGAGCUGAGGCAGACCAGAGAGCUGAGGCUGUCCCCAGAUUAAGGCUACUGCCUGCACCCAAAGCAGUGCAAGAGGAGAAGCUCUUCCCAUCGAUGGCUGCUGUGAACACCCCCCAGAUGCUGUAUGGUUACUCACCAGAUCACCACUCAUACCUUGAACCAUCCGAGCCAGAUGACCAGGAAAUGGACUAUGACAACAUUUGGGAGUACGACUGCAAUACCGAGAUAAUUCAACCCAUGUCUGGAAUUUCGCCACACUGGACAGGAUUAGACGUUGGGGCCAGAGGCCUGGGUGCCAUGGCAACCCACCAGCAGAGAUGGUUAUAAAACCAAACAAUGGGCCGGCACUCGUCUGGACGUGUGCAAACAACAGAUCCCUAUCAGAGAGCCAUUCAGUGACCCAGAGUGGAAGCUCACUACUGCAUAUCAUGGUUGCGCCCCAAAUGGCACCCUAUUCCCGAUAUAGUGGGCUCUGUUUAAAACUAGUUCACUAUAUAGGGAAUAGGGUGCCAUUUGAGACACAGGCCAUAUCAUCCACAAAGCUUGUGAAUAAUGUAUUUGUUAGAUAGUCAAAAUAAUGCUUUAAGUGGCCAUGAGAUAAAAGGUACGUCUUUGCAUUAAUGCUGCGAUACUGUGUACUGUAUGUACAUGCAGAUAAACAUGAUUCAGCAAAAACACUUUCCCACACAACAGUAUAAAAACUUGGGAAACUGAGCCUACCACUGUUAAUGUAGCAUUAAAAAAGUGCAAAAUGUACAUAGUUUCAAUCCCUGAGCGCUUGAACAUGUUAUUUUUUUUUUACUACUGUAUCUUUGCACUGCAUUGGGCUUCAUUUCAAUGUUGAGUUUUUUUGUUGUAUUUUUAAUGGGCAUUUUCUAUAACGCCGUCCUCUUUACAUGCUUUUAUAUUGUUCACUUUUUGAUUAAUAUAUUAUAUCAUUAUUAUAUUUUAUCAUCAUAGACAACAUGUCUUUGGUUGUAAGCUGUAAAAAGCAUUCCAGCAAACUUAAUAAUAGCAACACAUCUGUAUUAUUUAUUUAAUGUUCUGAAAUAACAAGGCAAACAUUGAUGGCUUGAAUGGAGUUGUGCUACUGCUGCAAAAUGUUGCUUGUCUUUGUGGCUUGUUUCUCAUACUUUUAGGUAUUUAUUUAUAAUAUAAAAAAUACAUCAAUAUUUUG